CUAUGAUGUGUUGUUUUUUUUAAUGGCGGUUUAGUUAAGUUACAUGUUAAUUGUCCCUGUUCAUUUUUGGAUUUUUAUCGUUGAUGAUCUGAUAGGUUGAAGAGAGGUUAGUAAUGGCAGAAGCACAUCAGGCUGUGGCUUUUAGCUUUACAAUUACUCAUGAAGGGGUGAACAUCAACUAUGAUCAAGAAGUCCUUCAUGUCAUCUGGCGAAGUGGGGUGUGUUCAAUUAAAAGAAGGAUUAACAGAGUCAGGAACAAUAUUCACAAUGGGGUAUAUCCAGGAUCACUCAGAAGCCUAUUUGUCAUUAAUGUCAUUAUCACAACAUUAUAUUUUGCUGGAAUUGAUCUCUCCUACGGAGCAAUUCGUCGUCUUGAGUUGUGGAUUCCAGGUGAGCGUUUAGCUCCAUUAGUUGCUUAUCUUCUCACUUGUGGACUGUACAGCGUAUUUGUGUGGAUUGGUUUGAUCCUGCUGUUACGAUAUGCCCUCAAGAUACUGUUCAUGUACAAAGGCUGGAUUUAUGAGUUAAGGGGAGGAACAGGAAUGUCCUUCAAGUCUAGGACAUGGCUGCUGUUUGUGAAGCUCUUGGAAGGGAAGAAACCACUGUUGUACAGUUACCAGUACUCUCUUCCCUGCCUGCCUCUUCCUUCACUAGAUGAUACCAUGAAAAGGUACUUGGUCUCGAUUCGUCCCUUAUGUAACAACCAGCAGUUUGUCAGAAUGGAGAAACUUGUAGAUGAGUUUAAGAGUACUAUUGGACCAAAGCUUCAACAUUACUUAUGGCUCAAGUCUUGGUGGUCUACAAACUAUGUUUCUGAUUGGUGGGAGGAAUAUGUUUAUCUUCGUGGCAGGUCUCCUUUGAUGGUGAACAGUAAUUUUUAUGGCAUAGAUGCUCUUCUUGCUCAUCCCACUACAAACCAAGCUGCUCGAGCAGCAAAUAUUAUUUAUGCAGCCAUUCUAUUUCGAAGAUCUAUAGAUCGCCAAACAUUGGAGCCUAUAAUGGUCCAAAAUACAGUGCCUUUGUGUUCAUGGCAGUAUGAACGACUUUUUAAUACUACACGUAUUCCAGGCAUUGAAACAGAUAAAUUGAUGCAUAUGAGAGAGAGCCAGCAUAUUUGUGUUUAUCAUCAAGGACGUUAUUUUAAAUUACCUUUAUACCACAAAGCUCGACUACUUCGUCCCAUAGAAUUACAGAGGCAGCUAGAAAAAAUAAUUAAAGAUGACAGCCUUCCUCAAGCUGGUGAAGAAAAACUUGGAGCAUUAACUGCAGCAGACAGAGUAACCUGGGCCACAACAAGAAAUGAAUAUUUUUGUAAAGGAUUAAAUAAAACUUCUCUUGAUAUAAUUGAAAAGGCAGCCUUCUGUGUAGUUUUAGAAGAUGAAAGCUUUGAAUUUGACCCUAAAGAUUCUUCAGAGCUGGAUCGAUUUAGUCAAUUAUUACUACAUGGGAAAGGAUAUGACAGAUGGUAUGAUAAAUCGUUUAAUCUGGUUGUGACCAGAAAUGGAAGGAUUGGGUUUAAUGCAGAACAUUCCUGGGCUGAUGCACCAAUUAUGGCUCAUCUCUGGGAGUUUUGCCUUUCUGAAGACUUUAUCAACCUUGGCUACACUAAAGAAGGAAAUGCAUUGGGUGAGCUGACAGUUGAAUUACCGACUCCUGUUCGUCUCAAGUGGGAUAUUAGUCAGGAUUGUAUUGAUAUAAUUGAAAGCUGUGCAAUCUCUGCUCGUACUCUUCUUGAGGAUGUUGAUCUUCAUCUCUAUAUGCAUGAUGCGUAUGGAAAAGGUAUAAUAAAGAAGUGUAAGGUCAGCCCAGAUGCUUAUAUUCAGAUGGCUCUUCAGUUGGCUUAUUACAGAGAUGCUAGAAAGUUCAGUUUGACUUAUGAAGCUUCCAUGACACGAUUGUUCAGAGAAGGAAGAACAGAGACUGUCCGACCAGUUUCCAUUGAAUCUUGUACUUGGGUGAAGGCAAUGGAAGAUCCACUGUGUUCAACUGAAGAGAAACGAUCGCUACUGCGAAGAGCAUGUGCUCAACAUCAGACGGCAUACCAAGAUUCCAUGUGUGGAAAAGGGAUAGAUCGUCACCUCUUUUGUCUGUAUGUUGUCUCCAAGUACUUAGAAGUAGAUUCUCCAUUUUUGAGGGAAGUUCUUAGUGAGCCAUGGAAGCUUUCCACAAGCCAGACACCACAUGGACAAACAAACCUCUUGGACCUAAAGAAAUACCCAGACCAUAUCUCUGCUGGUGGUGGGUUUGGACCAGUUGCAGAUGAUGGGUAUGGUGUGUCAUAUAUUAUUGCUGGAGAAAAUAUAGUGUUUUUCCACAUUUCGAGCAAGCGUUCUUCUCCAGAAACGGACUCUCAACGAUUUGCUGGACAGAUAGAGAAGGCCAUGGCUGACAUGAAAGCACUAAUUGAUUUUUAAUAACAGACAAGUAAAAAAAAAAAGAUUAGUAAAAAGAAUAAGUUUGAAGAAGGGAACCAACAAAAGAAAUUAAUCCAAGUCUCCAAAAAUAUUAUCUUUAUGGAAUAGUAGAGCAAUAUAGCCAAAAGUAUUCAAGAAACAGGAAGUGAACAUUUAAUGUUUUGUUAAGGACAUCAGAACAGCCAACAGUAUUAUGUGCCUUUGUAUAAGAUUUCUUUUAAAUGGUAUUAUGUAAGUAUUUUAUAUAAUCAUUUAGUGUGCUUUUAUAUUUGAAGACUGAGUAUAAAUUUUAACACACUGUGUUUUCUGUUCUAAUAUCCAGGUCUCUAUUUUUAUAUAGAAUUAAACCAACACCUCCUUCUUAUAAGCUUGAAAAUAUUUGUUUGGUAGUGUGCAUAAGGUAGCUAAAAGUAACUCAAUGUACCAAUUUAUUAUGUACUUAAAACAUAACAUUUUUUAUACUAAAUUAUAACUUUUCAAUCCAUCAUAAAAAAGUUAAGUAUUAUUUAGAAUUUAAGGGAAAUUUUGUAUGUAGAAUAUUUUAAAAAAUUACUAACAUGUAUGCCAUGUAUAGUUCAUACAUUUUUUCUUUAUGUUCGAUUGGUUCACAGUUAGGAUAUUCAUUUUUGUAUCCCAUUAUUUUCCUGUUCAGUUUUCUUUUACAUUUGUACAUCCUUAACAUAUUACAUCAGUUCUAAAUAUGAAUAUUGUAUUAGUUCUGUAAACUUUAUUAUAAUCUUUGCAAUUAUACUUCGUUUCGAGCUUUCAUUAGUUUGUCUUUCAAAGACUGUUAUUGUAUUAUUAACACAAAACUCAUGAUAGGCUAUCUUCAUUUUGUAUACACUGAAGAACAAAAUACCAGAUUUUAGCAUUGUAUGUCUAUAAACGUACUGCUGACCCACUGGGGGGACUUCUUUUAAGGAAAUAAGAAACAGCAAAUGAAAAAACAAUAGUAGUAAAUUUUCUGUAGCAUAUGAGAAAAAUCUUAUUAAAAUUGUUCUUGUCUGUAGAUUGUUUCUGACAAACCUUUUGGUAGUGUGAACUAAUAGUGUGUUAUGAUGCAGUCAUUUCAAGCAUGACUGUUAAUAUGUCCAAUUCCAGGAUAAAAUUCAAUUUGUAGUAUAACUUGUAUCUUACUUUUUCAUUGUUAGUACAACAAUUUUCUCCUUUCCAUGGAUUUAUUUAUUGCCAUUAGUAGAUGCUAAAUUAUGCAUGAUAUAUAUCUUAGUUUGUUUGUUUUUUGACCCAACAUUGUCCAGCAAGAACAGAAAUUUAGCAAAUAGUGUUUUAAAUUAUUUUAUCUUUUAAAAGUAAAGGUUACCAAAAUUUGGAAGGUUAUAGUUUUGGUUGUGAGGAAAGUCAAUAUUUUAUUAAAAGACAAUAAAGUUUGGUAUAGAAUAAUUGAAUGUGUAAAUAUUUGAUAGCUGCUUUAGUUUGAUACCAAUUUUAAAUUAGAUAGUUAAAAGUAUGUUUUAUUUGCAAGUUUCUGUAAGAAAAUGUUUUUUUCUUUAUGACCUUACAUAAAAUAGCCAACUUUGUUAUUAAUGGCUUUGACAACAAUAUUUUUGCAUGCAAAUGAUACAUGGUAGAAGUUUCUUGUAAAUAUUUUUCAUCCUUGAAGUACUUGUACAGUUUAAUAAGCUUAUUAUAUAUCAGGAUCUUACAGAACCUUAAUAUGUCGUUUCUGUUAGCAACACUGUUAAGUCUCUCAUAGAACACUCUUUAACAGUUAUUAGAUUCUAUACAUUUUUAAGAAUUGAGUCACUCUGAUAUGUUUGAGGGUGAAAGGAGAGAGUGUUGUAAAUGGCUGUAGUAGGUAUUUUUGAACAGAAUGUUUAAGAAUAGUAUAAUGAAAUGUGAAAAUGU